ACGCUCUGGGUUAGCGACCCGUGUUCUGAGAGGGGAGCUGCUGGGCUGCGGCACUUCACUGUAUCCUGGGGCCUCUGGAGUCCCUGCGCUUUCCGCCGACAAGAGCCACUGUCUGUACUCUGGUUCGGACUCCAACUACUCAGUGGCCCACGUGAGAUCCAGCCACCACACCACCUCUGGCCCAGGCCUUUAUCAGUUGCAAAGACAAAACUCAAAAGGGGUUCUCCUCAAAAUGAGUGUCAGUGUCACUUUCUUAAGACCUUUUGUCAGGUUUUUGUUGCCCUUUCGGAAGAGAAGUAAUUUAUAUUCAACAGUUGUGCAGAGAUGCGUGUCUUCCAAAAUACCAACUAUGUUUUAUUCUAAUACGGCAAAUACAUCCUCUUCUGAACCACUAGAACUGGAUGGUUGGAAAACUACAAUGAAAUCUAGUGUGCCAGAAGAAGGUGCUUCAACAGUCUCGAACGGCAUGGAUGAAGAUCCUUUAGCUGCCACCAGAGAAUUAAUUGAGAUGUGGAGAUUGCUUGGCAAAGAAGUACCAGAGCACAUCACUGAAGAAGAGCUCAAGGCCAUUGUGGAAUGUAGUUCUAAAUCAUCAAAAAAAAAAUAUUUAAGAUACCUCUAUGUUAAAGAAAAAAUGAAAAAAGCUAAGCAAAUAAAAAAAGAAAGAAAAGCGGCAGCAAGGGAGGAAGCAAUGAAAGACAGGCUGCUAGAAACGGCUGAGGAAGAUAAACAACAGAACUUUCUGUUUCUACGACUUUGGGAUAGGCAUAUGAACAUUGCAAUGGAUUGGAAGUGUGCCCAGGCCAUGCAGUUUGGACAACCUUUGGUUUUUGACAUGGAUUAUGAUAAUUAUAUGAAACCAAAAGAGCUACAGAAUACUAUUUCCCAACUUUUAGAAAGUGAAGGAUGGAACAGAAGAAAUGUUGAUCCUUUCCAUAUUUAUUUCUGUAAUCUUAAAAUAGAUGGUGUUUAUCAUAGAGAGUUAGUUCAACGUUACAAAGAAAAAUGGGACAAAUUGCUUUUAACAGCAACAGAAAAAUCUCAUGUAGAUUUAUUUCCAAAGGACAGUAUUAUAUACUUAACUGCAGAUUCUCCCAAUGUUAUGACUACUUUCAAGCAUGAUAAAAUUUAUGUAGUUGGGUCUUUUGUUGAUAAGAACAUGCAGCCAGGGGCAUCCCUAGCUAAGGCAAAACGGCUGAAGCUGGCAACAGAAUGUCUUCCAUUAGAUAAAUAUUUACAAUGGGAUGUUGGUACCAAAAAUCUCACUUUAGAUCAAAUGAUGCGUAUUUUGUUAUGUCUAAAAAAUACUGGUAGCUGGGAAGAGGCUCUAAAGUUUGUUCCUAGGAGAAAACAUACUGGUUUUCUGGAGGUACCUCAAUAUUCUAAAGAGUUUGUCAACAGACUGAGGAGAGCAAAGACUUCUACUUCAUUUUCAAAAAGUUCUCUCAGUGUAGCACACAGAAGAGGUGGCUUGAAUUGAGAAAGUUUGAUAGCUUAAAAAUAAAUGGUUUGGAAAUAUAGCUCUAUUAGUAUACUUCUUGAAUAGACUUUUCUUUCUUUUAAAGGUACUGUUUCCAAGCUAACUGCAAGUUUGUUUAUUUUCCUAAUUAACUAAAUACCUACAAGACUUUGGGAAUCUAUUUUGCUUACAGUAAAAAUGCACUUAAUAAUUUGACAAAGUAAAAAGACUUGUCUAAGUUUAAUAGAAUAAAUUUAAAUGAACCCACUUAA